CAGAGACAGAGACAGAGACAGAGACAGAGACAGCAGCGAGGAGUCGUGCAGCAGAGACAGGCCAGGCGCGCGUAUACAGCCAUCGAACGUGGUGAUUCGUACGGAGGCGGACGUAUAAAGCGAGGCCGUUUCUCGGGAGGGAAAAAAAGGCUACGAUAAGGCGAGCCGUGUAACCAUCGUCACCGUCGUCGAUGAGAUCGUCAACGGGAUUUCGUCGAUGCUCGAGCGCAAAGUAUUUCGGCUCGACACGAAGAUAUAGGAGUCGGUACGACGACGAGUCCUGGCAAACAGCGGGAUCAAAGACGAUCGUGAGUAAAUAGAGCGACAAAGAAGAGAAGGGGUACGUACCCUGUCUGUCUGCGGUACGCGCCUGUAUAGUCCCUCGCGGCGGACGAUCCAAGGUACAUACGCGUGUACCGUGUGUGUAUUCCUUCGUAGAUCGGUGCAUACGUGCGUGUACGAAGACUAAAAGAAGUGGGGGGAGGCAGUCUCUAUACUUGGCGGACAUCCGGCGGGGAAACCGCACGCAUUCGUACGAAGCCUCUCCGAGAGAGCGAGGGAAAAAGGAGGAAGGAUCUGUGUGGCGCCGAGGAAAACACGUUGCACUCCUCGACUGCUCGAACACAGAGACUCUCGAGAGGAGAAAGGAGGUUCUUUGCGUUCCCAUUGCACGUUCUCCUUUUCGUCUCUCGACUUUACCAGUCGGAUCACAAAGUUGCCUCUUUUAUCAAAAACACAUCAUUCUACUAUCGGUAUCGGUAUCGGUAUCGGUAUAAAGUUUCCUUUUCGUCCUGUAACUUUGAUCCUCGUGCGUGAGUAGCCGCACGCAACGCAACCGUUGAAAUUUUCGGUACAAAUAAUAUAAGGGUGGUGGAAAGCGGUGGAAGGACGUGACGAGAAAGAGAGAGGGAGGGAUCGAGGGGAAAGGAAAGAAGCGAGAAACACGCCGAGCAGUGCUGCUCCCUAUUGGCGACGUCGAGUCGCGCUCCCCACCCGGGACAGUCGAACGAGGUCCGAAGGCGAGUUCUCGGCGUGUAACUACGGUGAUUUUCCCUUACAAGAGUGUAGGCACGAGACCUCGUAGCUCUGCACCGUAUAACGUUCCGCGUAAACAUCACACCUUUAUAAGUUGAAAAUCCAUUCCGGUAAUCAUCGUUCUAAUACGUAAACGUAAAAAAUCGUGUUGAAUAUAUUUGGAGGAAAUCGUAAAACAGCGAGAGAAGAAGGAGACAGAGAUAGUGAAGUCUGGUUUAACACGCGUGCUAUCGUCGUCGAUAGAAUUCCGGUGCCCUCGUCGCCGGAGCAAACUGUGUGUGCGCCGAUCCUCGUGAAACACGUCCCACGCGUGUGUCGCGUAUCACCGCCGCCGGUGAAACCAAGAGAAUUCGAACGAGUCAGAGGGUAAAAUAGGAUUUCUCGCGUGGUCGGUCCUCUCCCGAAGCACGCGCGGAGAGGGGUGCAACGGAGGUUUCGCCAGAGAGGGAGAAGGAAAGAAAUCGAGAGAGACAUCGUUAAACGAAGACGAUAGAGGAAAGGGGGGAAAGGAGAGAGAGAUAGAGACUCUUGAGGGGGAGAGACGAGGACGCGUAUAGUGCAACCGAGGCGCUCGUGCUGCGCCCCAACGGCCGUUUCUCGAAGCUCAGUUAUCACAAUGGCUUCCGUGAAAGACACAGCGACUUUCUUCGCGGAGGGCACAGCAAGUCAGUUCGAACACGUACUGAAGCUUUAUCCGCAGGCCCUCAGACUCAAAGCCGAUCGAAAGACGAAAAAACCCGAGGAGCUGAUCAAGUUGGAUAACUGGUAUCAAAAUGAGCUUCCGAAAAAAAUCAAAUCACGCGGCAAAGACGCGCAUCUCAAUCAUGAAGAGUUGGUGCAAACGAUGAAAUGGAAGCAAAUACGUGGGAAAUUUUACCCUCAACUAUCUUAUUUAGUAAAAGUGAACACACCGCGUGCCGUGAUGGCAGAAACGAAAAAGGCGUUCAAGAAACUUCCAAAUCUUGAACAAGCUAUCACAGCCCUGUCGAAUUUAAAAGGAGUAGGUACCACGAUGGCAUCGGCCUUGUUAGCAGCGGCAUCACCAGAAAAUGCACCGUUUAUGGCCGAUGAAUGCCUGAUGGCAAUACCGGAAAUCGAGGGCAUCGAUUACACCACCAAGGAGUACCUUAACUUUGUUCAACACAUUCAAAAUACCGUGGAGAGGUUGAACAAACAAACGUCAAAUGGCAAAACAUGGAGUCCUCACAGGGUGGAGUUAGCCCUAUGGACCCACUAUGUGGCGUCCGAGUUAAAACCAGAACUCUUAGACGGCAUUCCAGGUUCAACAGAGAACGGUAACUCUCAUCCGCCAGCCAGCAACGGCGAAGCGACGGAACCGUCGGACGACAGCAAUCAGGAAGUGGCAGUGAACGGUAAGGAACCAGGCCGUAUUGAUCCAGCGGCCAUCGACGAGAACAGCAUGACCACGUCCUUCACCGAAGACUCGAUGGAUAAACCCGCAACACCGAUUACAGUGGGCGUAGCCAGCGAAGAUACGAACGAUUCCCUCGCAACGAACGAGAACGACGACAGCAACAACACGCCACGACCAACGGACAGCGAGGACACAGAAGACUCUCAGGACGUCGUACAGGAGCCGCCAACGAAGAAGAGUAAGAAGUGACCCACCGCGAGCCAAGGAGCCACGAAUACGAGCAACAACGUCACCAACCUAAUGUCAGCCGCCAAUUUAACGCUGAUCGCAGCGAGGCGCUUCUAAAAAACCGCCAGGGUCACCGAUCAGCGUCGCGGAUAGUAGACUUUCUUCUUAUAUACCAUCAGGCUACCAUCAUCAUGAUCGUGUUUUACAUUUAUUUUUCUUCGCUCCCUCUCUUUCGAUUCAUUUAUUUAUCCAAAAUAUUUCAUACACUCGCUUCUUCUACUUCUUCUUCUUCUUCUUCUUCUUCUUUGUCUCCUUGGGUACCGAUUCUUUCAUCAUGGUCACAGCACCUCGCCUUUCUAUGUCCUUGUCCGUAGACAUCCUCGAGAGUGUGAAAUAACGUAAUAUCGUAGUCGAUGAUGUGGAAGUCAUUGCGUAAAACAGCUUGCUGGUUUUUAGAUUGAUUCGGGGCUCGAACACAGAAACAAGAGGCGAAGCUCGACCAAUGAAGAUUACCAACUGUUUUCUUUUUCUUCUCCUUUGAUUACAAGGUUUCUCGUGUUCUCUUCGACCCGUUGUGUUUCUCACGCGUUGUCGUGAUACCAACUAUUUUAGUCUCCUCGAGUUUCUAUACUUGUCCUGGAGCUUUCUCUCUUGUUCUGAUGUAGCGCUAUAUUUCUUUCCUCGCGUAGGAGCUUUUCGUUCGUUGAUCGAGACGAUCUUGGUACUGCCUUAUCAGUGACCCGUUUCCGUUGGUCACAAGGAACAACUACCAAGGAACAAACGUAGUCUUUAUUUACCAGAGAAAGAUCAUUCCUUUUUAUCCGCGAUUUCUACACCGUGUUCAAGGGCCACUGAAACACACAUACACGAUGUUUAACGUUUUAAAGCGAACUGUGCGCGAAACGAGAAUGAGAGGGAGGGAGUGAUAAAGAGAGAAUGUAUUAUAACAAAUCUGGGUAUGAGAGAGAGAGAGAGAUCGAGUAACUGAUCCUGUGACCAGCAAGAAAAAAAAAAUAUAAGAAAAAUAUCGGCGGUACACCGAAACACAAUGAUAAUAUUAAUAUUAAUAAUAAUAAUUAUUAUUAUAAUUAUAAUACCGAAUCAUUACCAUAAUUUAUAUACCUAAAAGAAAAAAAAACUGCAUGUCAGAGUGAUGCAUGGAGCAAAACCAAAUACCUUGUAAGUAAAAAGAAAAAAAAUGGAAAAAAUGAAAAAAAAAAUUAGAAACAAAUAAAAGUAACGCUUUUUUGAGUCCAUCAUGAAAAAACGAAAACGUGAAAACGAAUGGCGGUAGACACCUAACAGGUACUCGCAUACAUACAUACAUACAUACAUACAAACACACACACGCACACACACACACAUCACGUCGAGAUUCUCAUGUACAGGGAUUUAACUAGUAUUUUUGCAUUAUUGAUGAUUAAUUAAUCAUUGUCGAGGAUGAGACGCGAACGAAGAGACGAACCACGAUUAAUCGAUUGCAAACGAACGUUGAGUAAUUGCAACAAAAAAAAAUGUGAAAAAAUAUAUUAAAAACAUGAAAAACAAGACUACACGAGAUAGUAUAACGUUGAAUCAUGAUAGAGAGAAAGAGAGAAUGUGUGUAUAAGAAGACAGAGUGAAAGAGGGUAUGUAAGGUUGCCAGAAAGUUACAGAAGAUGAAUAAACCGCUAUAGCUUGAUCAAGAACGUUCAUUCAAAUUUUAUAAAUAUACAUAAUUAUAUAUAUAUAUUUGUAAUUUAGAACACCGUGGCCAGGCUGAGCUAUAGUACCGACCUUAUUAUUAAUUCACACAUAAACCAUACAUACGGUAACCGACAGUGGUUACGCUAAAAAGAAACCAGAUAAAUGGACUAGCUUGUUUUCAAUAUCUGGUGUAUUUUAGUGUCUCUUUGCCAGGGGGGGAACAAACACCAUCCUAAGCAACGCGAAAAAGUGAAGAGAAAAGACAGAAAUAAUAGGAUAUCUGUCUGGUAUCAAAGAACCGUUGUGAACAGAGAGUUUGAAAACUCAAAAUAAUUAAUUUCUCUGUUGAGAAGGAAUGCAAGAAAUCCAAAGAGGAACCUCAGAAACGAUCUUCGCUGAUUUCGAUAAUCAAUUCGAAAAUUGAUCGAGAUCGAGGAGGAGGACGUCUGAGGUUCGUCUUGUCAGAGGAGAGAACAAAGCAGAGGUUUGCAGCGAGUAUGGAUGAAUCUACCUUAAUAAAAUCGUAGUGAAGCCCGUUCUAUUUAUUUAGCGCCUAAUUUAUUCCGUAUCGAUCGUUUCGUUGGCAAGGAACAAUAUAUAUAUAUAUUACAAACGCGUGGAUCGAAGAGAAUCGUGAAGUUCCAUAGAUCAAGAAGACGAAAAAUGUUCGAAAUGGAGAAUUUUUUUUUUUUUUUUCACCGACGUUCUUGCGAUUAUUUAGCGGAUAAUGUUAAGUAAUUGCUGAAGUAAUAUUUGAUAUACAUAUGCGUGAGUUUAUGACGCGAAUGAAUUAUAAUAAUUACGACGACGACGACGACGACAAUGAUGAGAUUGAUAGUGACACGAGGGUGAUUAUUAUUAUUAUUAUUAUUAUUACGUUACUGCUGCUAUUAACUACUAUUACGAACGACGGCGAGCAUAGUUUUUAUUGUCUUUAUAAACGUAUAACGGAUUUAAUGUAGCGGAGUUGUUUUUUUUUUUCUUCUUUUCUUUCUUUUCGCCUGAUAAAUUAUUAUUCUCGCACGUAAUUACAAGACAUUCCACCAAUAAUUCUUCUUGUUCUGUUCAAUGCCAUUUUCUUUCGCCACUUUUCUUUGAUUCAUCGAUAAGGGAGUAUCACUCUCUAUCUCUCCUGUAUUGAAAAUUUCAGAUUUUAUUCUACCAAAAGGAACAUGAAAUAUUUUGUUUCAUCAACGUCCUGCUUCCAAUAAUCGUGGCCUUUUUUCCUCUAUGUUCCUUCUCAGAAAAUACAGAUUUCCCGACGGUGAUCAAAUUCGGCGUGAACAUUUUUUUAACAGAUCUGCCCUAGGAUAAGAUCGUCUACGAAAAUUCGGAGGAGAUCCUUCAAGAAUUUUCUUCGGCUCGCAGGGGUUGAUAAGGUGAACCGUUUAAAACUGCCAUUUAAAAUAAAUAUAAAUAAGCAAUCGUGUUAAAAACCGAUCGAUACGACGAUGGGCCAUGCUCUUCUCUCGAUGACAAGAUGUUAAUCGAUGAAGAAGAAUCACACGUUUGCCUUGCCUUCGAUGAACACUUAGGAGUCGAUCAGUGAUGGCCAAUCGUGCCCUCGAGGGCAAGUGGCGUGCACUCGGUUUGAAAAUUUGUAAUUUCUAUAUUUCUAAAUUACCAAAUUCUCAAAUUUCCCACAUCGACAUCCCGUAUUCCAUCGUUGCACGUCUCGUGCACGCCAGUCCCCUUGAGUUCCCCAACGGGCACUCGUUAUGCCCAUCGCUGCUCUUAACGAUCCCAAUAUUCGUUAACGUUCGCGAUCUUCACCAACGAUUGCACUGAUUCAUUUUUUUUUUUUUUUUUUU